GUGAGAGUAGAGCUGUUUUUUGGAGAAACUCUGUGCAACUAUAAAAGUAAAGGUAAACAAAUCGACUAGCCGCAGUGCUGUGCCGGCUCAGAGCGCGAUCGGAUAGGAAAUUCACGGUUUCGGGUACGCUGUGCUUUGCCGCCCCCCUUGAACCUGCUGCCAUUAAAGGUUCCCGCCAGUGUUUGAACUGUCGCUAAGAGUGGUGCGCUGAAAAAGUGAAGUGAGCUCGCGAAUAAUUUAUCUCACUUAUGCGGGCAUGAAACGUGAAGGUCGUUCCAGUGUGAUUGGACCGAUUGAUUAAUGUUUAUGCAUUAGCUGUUAACGAAAGUAAGAGUACAUUAUUGACGUAGUCAGCUGGGGACUUAAGCGCAAGAAAAGGUGUUCGAUGUGCGGAUCAUUGUGAUUCGACUGGUCACAGAAAGCGGUGCAGGCGGAAGUGCUCACAUUCAGCAGUAUUAUUAGUUGUAGUUCAACAGUGAUUAGUGAUACCAACAGGAGUCCGGAAAAAUGACGAUAACAGCAGCAGCGGCAGUGACAGGGACGACGACAGCGGCAAAGAAAAGCGAUGCAAAAUGGAAUCUGGACCCCGUGCAGCGGGCCAUGGGUCAACUCGGCUGGUGGCACAUCAUGGUGUGUGCGGUGGUGUUUCCAUUGAAAUUCCCUGUAGCUUGGCAUCAGAUGGGAAUAAUUUUUUUGGGGGCUGCCAUGAAUUAUACCUGCUCUUCGAACACAACGCUGGACAAGUGUUCUAAGAGCUGUACCAGCUGGGAUUACGAUACCAGUGUGUUCAGUUCGACGAUCAUCAGCGAAUGGAAUCUAGUUUGUGAAAAAUCCAAUUUGGUGAACCUAUCUCAAACGAUUUUUAUGUUUGGUAUUCUGAUAGGCGGAGUGGUGUUUGGAACGUUGGCAGAUAAAUUUGGACGACGUCCGCCCUUGGUAUUUGCAGUUAUGAUACAGCUUGUAGCAGGAUUAGCUACUGCCUACAUUCCUUGGUUUUGGGGCUUCGUUGUGCUGCGUUUCAUCAUAGCUGUAGCUACUGGAGGAACAAUGGUUACAAGCUUUGUCCUCAUAAUGGAGAUCAUUGGACCGAAGUGGCGUGAACUAUUCUCCGUCCUGUAUCAAAUUCCAUUCAACUUGGGUCACCUAACGCUUGCUGCAUUCGCAUACUUUUUACGUGAUUGGCGUCACUUUCAAUUCGGGAUCUCUAUUUAUUCGGUACUGCUUCUGUCCUAUUAUUGGCUGGUGCCGGAGUCGCCACGCUAUUUGUUCAUCUCUGGGGACACCGCUGGUGCAGUAAAAGUUCUAGACAAAGCGGCCAAAUGCAACAAACUUCCCAGAGAUACGAUCCAAAGCGAUUUGGAACAAUUUGCAAAAGUGAAGAAUACAGGAUCUGUUUCCAAGGGAAAUCUGAUUGAUUUGUUCAGAACGCCAAAUAUGCGUGCGAAAUCGCUUUGCAUGUGCUUUAACUGGUUCGUGUGUGGAUUGGCAUUUUUCGGUGUCGCUCAGUACGUCGGACAGUCUGGUGGUAACAUAUUCAUCAAUGUAGCAGUUGGAGCCGCUCUGGAGUUGCCAGGAACGGUUCUGUGUAUUUACAUGAUGAAAAUCUAUGGCCGACGGAAAACCUUAAUCAUUUCCAACACGCUGACAGGCUUAGCCAUGUUGGCCAUCGCGUUUGUUCCGGAGAGCAUAACUUGGCUGAAUGUUGGAUUUGCUUCAAUUGGUCUUGUCGGGAUGAGCAUUUCCUUCCCAACAGUUUAUCUGUAUGCGGGUGAAUUGUUCCCCACCGUAGUCCGUAAUGUUGGAAUCGGAACUGCAUCAAUGAUUGCGAGAAUAGGCUCGAUGAUCGCUCCUUUUGUAGCUGGAAUGGGAGUAGUAGCCCAUUGGCUACCGCCGAUAGUUUUCGGUGUUAUUCCACUGAUAGGAGCCUUCUUUGUAUUUUUCUUGCCGGAAACGCAGGGUUUCCCAUUGCCGGAAACUAUCGAAGAUGGAGAAAAUUUCGGCAAACGGCAGAAAAAAGUAGACACUGUAGAAGACGCUAAAUAAGUUGCAGGUCUAUGCAAUUUUUUUCAGUCUCUCUCUCUCUUCUCAACCAAGUGUCCAAAACUGUCGAAUCGUCAGUCUCCGUAGGACUCACUUUUUUAUUUUAUUCUUUAAGUGAUAAUAGUAUAGAGUGCAAACAGAUCGAGGAAGUGUCUUCUUAUCUUCUCUUCAAAGCGUACAAAAGACCGUUUUGCUAAAUAGAUCAUUAAAACCAAAAAAGUGCAUCAGUGCCUAAAUAGAUAUUUUUCUAAGUUAAUAAAUUACAAUUUGACAAGCA